UAGAAACGCAAAGUGGUUCUUGAUUGUAGCACGCUUGACCGAAACCGGUGGCGGGCGCUUUUUACAAUUAUGAAUAGUAAAAAUUAGUGAGUGAUUUAAUGGGUCUACGUUUCCUCUCGGUCAAUGGUGUGCGCUAUAUAGAAGGGCAACAAAAGAAAUAAAAGUGGCCUUGCCACUCGACACCAACUUCUCGCUCUUCAUUAGUGAGCUUUUGCGGUGAUUGGGCUUGGUUGGCGGAUAGCAGUAGCCGCUACCAGUGACUAUUCGCUUGUUUUGUGUGCGCCAGUAUCAGUCCGAGGUCAGCCGCCGCCGCCACCGGUGAUGGAUUCCAAGUUCCAGCGCGUGAAAACGGAAGAGGAAGAUGUGGAGGGACCGAUAUACGGGCCGAACGAAUCGUGGAGGAUAUGGAAAAACGUGCUGGUAAUCGGAUUCGCCUUUAUGAUCCAUUUCACGGCGUUCUGGGGCGCCUCCAACCUGCAGAGCUCCAUCAAUUCGGAAGCGUCGCUCGGCACGUUCACGCUGGCUGCCAUUUAUGCGUCGCUGAUUUUGUCCAAUAUAUUUUUGCCGGUUAUUGUCAUCAGAUGGCUAGGUGCAAAAUGGACAAUAUCUCUGGCAUUCGUCGCAUACAUGCCCUUUAUCAUGGCCCAGUUCUAUCCGAAAUUCCACACCAUGAUACCAGCAGGGCUAGCCGUAGGAUUCGGAGGAGGCCCACUAUGGUGUGCAAAAUGUACUUUCUUAACAAUUGUAUCAGAAGCGUACUCUAAAGUCACUGGAAUAUCUUCGGACAUCGUAGUGACCAGAUUUUUCGGAGUGUUUUUUAUGUUCUACCAGUUUUCACAAGUGUGGGGCAAUUUAAUCAGUUCAGCAGUUUUGUCAUCAGGAGAAAGCCCUCUUGCCGAAAUCCAAUCAAACGUUAGUUUCAGCAAUAUUACCGAGGUAUUUAAAGAAAUUGUUAACAUUUCCACGCCUCAAAGAGAUAGCGGCGAUAUAUGUGGAGCAAACUUCUGCCCUGGAACGUCCCUGGAAGCCGUCCCUAAUCUCACACCGCCUUCUCCGUCGAAAAUUCAAACUAUUGCUGGAAUUUAUUUAGCUUGCAUGAUCGUGGCCAGUCUAACAGUUGCUUUCUUUGUGGAUUCAGUGAAACGGUAA